AUGGCGUACCGGGAGCUGGUGCGGCGCUGGCACGAAGCCGUGCGGGCGGCAGACCGCGGGCACUGGGACGCUGCCCUGGACGCCUUCGGCGGCAUCGCGGAGCCUCCGGCCAGGAUCUGCUUCAACAUGGGCUGCGUGCAGCUGCUGGCUGGGCGGCCCGAGGCGGCCCUGAGGGCAUUCAAUAAAACCAUUGAGAAGGACAAUUCCCUGGCAGUGGGCUACUUCCAGAGAGGGUUUGUCCACCUGCAGCUGGAAAUGUAUGAAGAAGCUCUCUCUGACUAUCACAUGGCCUUCAGUCACCUAAGACAAAAUCCCUUCAUUGAUUACAAGCAGCUGGGGCUGAGGCACAUCCUCUAUGCCUGGGAGGUGCUGUACAGCACUGCAGCAGUGCAGUGCCAUCUGCAGCAGUGGCAGGAGGCCAGAGUCACCCUAGAGAAGGCUGUUGUGUGGAGACCUGAAAGAAGAAGAGCAAUCCUAGAGCUGGCCCUUGAGCGGGUGCAGGACCACCUGUUUUUAGAGCCCAUGCUGGUUCCUCUCGGGGAACUUUUCAGACCACGAAAGAAGGAAGUUGAGCAGCUGGAUUCAAAAGACUUCCUGGGUAAACCCAAGGUGAUCUCAUCCAUCAUUCCCAAUGAUGAGUACAUUGGCUUCGAGCCUCUCAGACCUCAGAAACAGGGCUUUUAUGAACCCAGUGCCGAUGCUCUGCGGGAUGCCGAGUCCGGCUACCACCGAGUGAUGUCCCAGUACCAACCCAAGGAGCCAGCGGGGCCAGAGGUGCCAGCCGGGAGCCUCUUGUUUGUGCUGAGCAGGACAGCAGACGGCUGGGCCACGGCCAUCCACGAUGGGCAGAAGCUGCACAUCCCAAGCUCUCUCCUGGAGCCUGCCUCAAGGAUGGAUAAAUGGAAGAUCAACACUGGGAUUCCCCUUCCUCCUGCCCAGGUGCCUCCCAGCUGCCUCCAUGUGAAGCAGAAGCCGGAUCCUCCUGGGGAAGAAAAUGCUUCUGCCAAUGAUGCCAGUGCCCACAUGGACUCCAAGAUCCCCCCGGGCUGCGGGGAGGCCCCCGCGGGCACAGCCAGGCCGGCGGUGCUGCGGCUGCGCUGCGAGUGCUCGCUGGUGCUGCGGGCGGGCCCGGCCCCGGCCCUGCCGGCCCUGCGGGCCCUGCUGCGGGACAGGCUGGCUCAGCAGGCACAGCGGGGCACGCUCAGCUACAGGCUCCUGGAUGGCACAGAGCUGGGGACAGUGUCAGGACAGGAAGACCUGGGGAAGGUGUGGCAGCAGCUGACAGACGGCAGGCUGACACUCUGCUGCCAGGAUUCAGACUCCCACUCGGGCAGACCUGUUCUCUACCAGAUGCUAGCUCAGCACUCCUACCUGGCUCAGGGACCAGGGGACCUGGAGUUCAGCAAGGGAGAUGUGCUGGAUAUCCUCUCUGAAGUGAACAAGGACUGGCUGGAAGGACGCUGCAAUGGCAAGAUUGGCAUCUUCCCCAAAUGCUUCGCCACCCAAGCCAGCUGCAGUGCUGCCUUCCUAUAG